GUUUAAUUUGAGUGCGGCUGCGCACUGCCCAACGCUUUCGCCGUUGUCGCCGCUUCGCACACAGCUUGGCAGGAGAAAACUGAGUGGAAACGGGAUAGUUUCUGCGGCCUUACGGUCAUAUUAUUCAGGAGGCGGAGCUGCACAUUUACCUUAAUCUUAGCUUCGCUCUGACCAACCUUACCCUUAUGUGAUCGCCCUACCUCAUCGUCGGGCACUGCCAGCGAGGGCCAAGGAACAAAAUAGCAUAUCGCCAUUAUAUGACCCAGUAUCCAGUGUUACUUGUACCCUCCAUGUGGGUGAAGGAACUGUGUGUGUCAGAUUAUGGCGAGAAAAACAGUUAGCAGGAAAAGGAAGGCAGGAGAGCCGAAGGACCAACAACAGCUGGGCUGGUGUCAAGCGCCACAGAAGCGGAUCCGUAUUUCUUGUUCGUCGCGGCAUGCUCAGCAGUGGUGCGGCAGUCGUCGCUCCGUUGUGUGCGCUCUCCGUGGACGGGAGUUCAGGCCCCAGCAGCAGCAUGAGUUGCGGCUCCAACGGAGCCUGCGUGGCUUCGCGGCUGGCAGGCUCCCUGGGAUCCUCAAGGAGAGGGAGUUUUCUCUGGGACGGCUGAACAAGGUGUUUGCUUCGCAGUGGCUCAACCAUAGGCAGGUGGUGUGUGGGACCAAGUGCAACACGCUUUUUGUCGUUGAUGUCCUGACAGGGAAAAUAACAGGCAUUCCAAUGCUGAAGGACAGGGAGUGUAGUGACACAGGCUCUGGGACAGUGGGUGCUAUGACGACAGGGCGGCAAUAUCUCCCAACAGGGGUCUCUCACGCCCGGUUGGACCAGCAGGGCUGUGGCAUACAUGCAAUUGAACUCAACCCCUCAAAAACUCUGCUUGCCACUGGAGGAGAUAACCCCAAUAGCUUAGCCAUCUACCAGCUGCCAACACUGGACCCUGUUUGUGUUGGAGAUGACGGUCACAAUGACUGGAUUUUCUCCAUAGCGUGGAUCAGUGACAUCAUGGCUGUUUCUGGGUCCAGAGACGGCUCCAUGGGUCUGUGGGAGAUCACAGAGGAAGUAAUCGGUCAGUCUGAGAGGAGUCCGAGUGACGACACGGUACCGUCUUACGCGCACAUCUCCCACCGUGCCCUGAAGGACAUUCCCAAGGAGUAUACCAACCCAUACAACUGUAAAGUUCGUGCUCUGGCCUUCAAUAACACCCAUAAAGAGCUGGGUGCCGUGUCCUUGGAUGGUUAUUUUCACCUCUGGAAAGCAGAGCAUAAUUUGUGCAAGAUACUGUCCACCAAGCUGCCUCACUGCAAAGAGAAUGUGUGUUUAGCAUAUGGACAGGACUGGUCCGUGUAUGCUGUGGGUUCUCAGGCCCAUGUUUCCUUUCUGGAUCCACGCCAGCCUACCAACAACAUCAAGUCUGUUAGUUCUCGAGAGAGAGGAAGCGGGAUCCGAUCCGUGAGUUUCUAUGAGCACAUUGUGACUGUGGGUACCGGUCAAGGUUCUCUUCUCUUCUACGACAUCCGGGCUCAUAGGUUCCUGGAGAACCCUUUCAAUCCAUCCAGCGGGUAUCGGAAGGGUGCCCCAGAUGGCAUCCUUAAGCUAACCACAGGGAAAGGCUGGCUGAAUCAUGAUGAAACAUGGAGGAGUUACUUCUCAGACAUUCAUUCCUUCCCCAACGCCGUGUACACCCACUGCUAUGACGACUCUGGUACCAAGCUGUUCGUAGCCGGUGGGCCGCUCUGCUCUGGCCUGCACGGAAACUACGCAGGACUGUGGAGUUAGCCUCUUCCUCUUUUCGUCAAUCAGCUCCUUCCCUACGUCUCCAUCGUUCUACGGAAGUCCCUCCAUCUUACUCGCUUAAGUUCAUCCACAUCACCUUCAUUGGGAUCUGUUUUGAUCAGCAGAUCAUCUGUUUUGCUCACACUUGGACUCAGGAGCAUGAUGUUUCAUAAUUUAAUGUUGUUGCUGUGUAUAUUUGUGUCCACUUUUAUGUUCUCAUCUUCCCCAAAUAACCCCUUUCACCUUUUAUCUGUUUUGCUCCCCACCCCCUUUUAUAUAUAUAUAUAGAUAUAUAUAUAUAUAUAUAUAUAAAUAUAAAUAGAAAUGUAUAUAAAAUGUACAAUUAACUAAUAAUUUAAAGAGCUACAAAGUCUGCCACUGAGAAACUCAGAGUUUUGAAAAACAUUAAGAAUAAAAAUAUUCAUUUUAGCAUCAUUAAUACAUUCACAUCCAACCUGCAGGGAUUACGCUGUGGUCUUUUGCUCGCUUAUUUUUGUACUCAAGGAUAGUGUUAACUGCUGCUUUCUCUGUGAUAAAUAAGUGUAUUUGUACAAAAAAAACAAAACAAAAAAAAAACA